AUGUUGCGAAAAUGGAACAGGGAAGAGUACGAAAGGAUAGCUCUUCAGCGUCUCCAGGAUGAGAUCGCUGAAGAGGAGUUGGGAAUUCCAAAACAACCAGCUGUGAAAAGAGAAUUGUUGAAACAGAGAGAUUACAAAGUUGAUCUUGAGUCUAAAUUAGGAAAAAGUGUUGUUAUUAACAAGAAUACACCAUCUUCUCAAACUGGAGGGUAUUAUUGCAAUGUAUGCGAUUGUGUUGUGAAGGACUCAAUUAAUUUCUUGGACCACAUCAAUGGAACAAAACAUCAACGUAAUUUGGGCAUGUCAAUGAAAAUAGAACGUUCUACAUUAGAUCAAGUUAAAGCCCGUUUUGCAAUGAAUAAAAAGAAGUUAGAAGAAAAGAAGAAGGAUUAUGAUUUAGAACAAAGAGUGAAAGAGUUGAAAGAAGAAGAAGAGAAGAUCAAGGAAUAUAGGAAAGAAAAGAGGAAAGACAAAAAGAGAAAAAUCGAUGAAGUUAAUGAUGAUAAUCAUGGGCCUUCAGACGAAAUGGCGGCAAUAAUGGGCUUCUCAGACUUCGGCUCUAAGAAAAGGUGACAAUGAAGAAUUGCUGGAUUAUUUAUGACAAAUAAAUGCCUUCUCUAAAGAGAGAAGACAGUGGUGCCACUUCAUCGUUACGUACAAACUGUUGAGUUUAUAAAUUAACAUUAAACAGUACAAAGUCAGGGAUCAACCAGACUGAUCUUAGCGUUACAAAAGCUUACUUUUGAUUUUGAUAUGUACGUUUGUAGUGAAUUCCACCACAUUUACCUAACUACCAGUUUGUAUAACUUAAUGUUUUGUACACACGAUAUAGCAAUAAAUCUAUUGAACGUAA